UGUAGGGAUCAAAAGAAAACUUUUUGGUCCUGAGGACAAGCAAGAUGAACAACAAUCAAUCAUCAAGUAACCGUAAGGAACACUUGUGGCAUCCUCGAAACAAUCCAUAAAAAAAUUACAACAUUUGUCUAGCCAUUAGCAUGACUUGGUAUUUAUCUCUGGGAUUUUUAAACAAAACAAGAUAAUUGGUAUUCAAAUUAAUAGCAUGGCUAACUUUGCCUUGAAAAAACAAAUUCUGAACUAGGAAUAAACAACUUAAAUUUCUAUGAUGCACAUAUUUUGUAAACACAUUUUGGACCUCAUGGAAUACAUUAUACUUUAAUUUAUGUAGUUGUAUAUAGAUAACUGUAAUGUCAUGAAUUUCAUAGGGUUCCUAAGGGACUGUUUUCUGUUCAGUCCUGUGUCAGCCACAUUGUUUUAUCUGUGCAUUUUACUUCUUCAUUCCAGAUAAGAAAUAAUGCUUCUGAAAUAAAUGACCUAGUCCAGCUUUAAUUUCAUAUCACAUGAAAGUGGGACCAACUGAUGGAACUCUAAAACACUGAGAGCAGCAGGUCUGUGGUCUGCCAUUUUUCUGCUGCUUUAAAGCUGCUUGCACACUGCCCCAACAAAUGCCGACCGACUCCGACCAACACCAACUGUUGGAUCAGUGUGCGCCCUCAGUCGGUGUAAGUCGGAUGGAGUCUUUAGAGUUUGACAUGUCUAGUCGGGUUGGGUCGAGUUGUAGAAAGUCGGACCAAUGUGUGCAGCCUUCCAACAAACUGCCAGAUUGUGAGUGUCCUCGGGAACAUCAGCGCACAUGAUUUUCUUUGAUCAUGGGUUAGCAAGGUAUCCAUUACGCGCUGCUCUCUCUCUCUCUCUCUCUCAUUGACAACACACAGUCAAAAAAAAUGGUCGAAUCAAGAGAUUUUAUUGGUGGGUUUGACUGACCAAUCAUGGGUUUGCGUCUACCACAUGGUCACGCCCACAAUCCCCUUGCUCCGACCAGCACUUGGCUCUAAUGGAGACAGAGUUCCACCUUUUUACCAGUUGAAAUACGUACUUUGUAGUAUUGCACUUGCCAAAAAACUAACAGAAUAUAGCUUAAUCAGUCCUUAUUACCAGUCACAAUACAUUUAAAUGGCCAGUACAGCCUGUAUAGCCAAUGCAGUUUUGCUCUUGCCAAAAAAUUUAUUCUACCUCACUACAUGUGACUUAAAGGUUCUCAAAAUGAAUUGAUUUCAUUUAUGAGCGUUAUGAGUUAUGGAUACUUAUAGCUUACCCAGUCCUUUAAACCUGUUGAAAUACCUUUAAAGCUCCAAUACAACAAGCAACAAGUAGUUUUCCACUUGCCAAAAAGUGAUUGCAGCCUUGACCUUGUGACUUAAAUAAGAAAAUGUAGGCAACAAAAGUCUGUCUGGUCAGUGUGGAACUGGCAGCUGGUUUUCUGAACGUUCUAAAGAACCGAAACCAACUGCUUGCGUUACGGGUUUCCAAUGGCGGGUACCACAGCAACAAAUGAUUAGUGGUUCAAAUGCUCUCCAACUCCUGAAAACACAGGUGAAAUGAUCAGAUGAGUGAAGACCAUAGACUGUAUAAAGACACGAACCAUGCGUUACUCUUCCCAAACUUCCUGUAACGGGAGGGCCGAAACUGCCGCAACACCUGACACAUUGGUUCCGUGCUCUCGUUCCCUGAUCAACUAAGGGUUUGUUCUAAAACCUAUAUGAAUACAAUCCCUUACCUCUAAUAACAGCUAACCUCUAAUAUUAGAGAGAAUGCAGGUUUACAAUAACAUAACCAUAAACAGUGGUUUAUGAGGGCACAGUCUGAGCCGUGUGCAAACGUUUUAAGCUACAUUUUCAGCCGCAAAGUCUGAGAAGAGAGGAAACGAUGCAAUGAAAUUCACACCAUCGCUAUUUAGAAGACAUGCGGGUGCAACUCCCAUUAAAAUCUGUUUAGAAAAAUAUAUGCUCAGGAGAACUGCUCAUUUGACAAGUAUGUGCUACUGCAACACCACCAACAUCACCACCAACAUUACCAACACCAUUUGCAAAGUGAACAUCUUGGAGGGUUUGGCUUACAUUCCUUUGUUUCUCGUGGGUUUCCUUGUCAAUGCUGCUGCUCUGCGUGUCGUCUUUGCCAAACGGGACUCCUGGACGGACACCCACAUAUACAGUACUGUUCAACCUGCCCUCAUCCUCUUCCUUCCCUUUAGGAUCUAUGAUUCCUUCUUCUGCCUGCCCAAGAUUUACUUGUGUACUUUCCUUAUGUACACACAUUUCACCAACAUGUAUGCCAGCAUCCUGACCAUGGCGGCCAUCAGUAUCCAGCGCUACCUGUCUAUAAGGUUCCCACUGCAGGCCAGAUCAUGGAGGAAGAAGAAAGAGACGGCUUUUGUUGUGUGCCUGGUCCUUUGGGUGCUUCUGGUGACAAUGUGUGCUAUAUUCCGAAAGGAGAACUACCCUGAAAAACUGUGGACCUGUUAUGAAAGAUGUAAAAAUCAACCACUGAAAUUGCGAUUUAUUCUCAUUAUGGAAUUUCUAGGCUUCCUCACUCCGCUGUUUGUUGUUGUGUUCUGUUCCAGUCGGAUUAUAUGUGUUCUGUUAAAAGUGGAUGACAAGUCAGAGGAAAAGAAAUGCACUAUUGGCAUAGUGACAGCAAAUAUGCUCGUAUUCAUCGUCUGCUACACUCCAAUCCAUGUUGGCUUUGUUAACGUCUUUAAUACUCCACCUACAAACUGGCAGACUACAUACUUACCUGCACAUACAUAUUUGCUUGUGUCUGAAUGGAUCGCUUCCACAAACUGCUGUUUUGAUUCCAUCAGCUAUUAUUUUUUAUUGAAAUGUUUUUAUUCAUAA